AUGACUAUUAAAUUCAAUAUCUGUGUGCUUACAACCGUUUGGUUAUUGUUUUCCAUCCAUCGCAUGAAAAUCGACUGCAAAGAGAGCUGUUAUUAUGUAAAUUUUCUUUACACCAACUGGACAGACGAUCGUCCGCGUUUCACAGUAAAUAUGACAUUUUCGAACAGUAAUGGCAUUGAAUCGAUUACCACCAUUAACGAGGAAAUUAAAUCGCCUGUCACAAGAAUGUUGAUUCUACAACAACGCAAUAAGGAAAAAAAGAAUAUCGUUUAUAAUGCAACAACUAGAUUAUGUGAUAUGCAUAGCAUUAUGAAUGCCGUUCCAUUAUUCAAGCCCGUGAAGGAUGGCAUUUUGAAACAAAGUAAUUAUUCAUUCAGCUGUCCCCUCAAUAAGGGAGUUUAUACCAUGAGCAAUAUGCGCAUCAGUCCAAGAAAUCCACUCCUGAGCAUAUUGCACCAGUCUAAAGGAAUCUUUGUGGUUAGAGGAGCUCUGCUGGAAGAACUGCCCAAUUCAGAAUUGCAUCCCACUAUCCACUUAUAAUUUUGCUGGCAGGAUCAUCAAAAAGAAUUGCGGGCGAAACGAUUGAACUCAACAAUAAACGUUGUACAGGGAUUAACAUCAAUCGGGAUCAAAUAAAUAACCACCUCAAAAGUAUGUUUGUAAAUUUGUAUGUAUGCCCAAAACUACCUUUAAUAAAUU